GCGCUUUACUAUAUAGUUAGUUUAAAUACCCGGCACUUUAAAACGGGAUGGAGAACAUGUGUUUCGGCGUUGACAAGAGAAGGAAACACGAGACGCAUGUACAGAAGGUGCAAGUGAACGAAUCAAGAUCUCGUCUUAUAAUUCGUGUUGCGAUUUCGUCACGAUGUAGAUAAGUUUUGAAGAAUGUGCAUGUGCGACCGCAUUUGCGACUGUUUAGCAAAAUGUCAAACCGACAUGUGUGAUUAUUGCGUUACUUUUGCGAGAAACUUGUCAAACAGAUUAAAAGGAUUCCAUCUACUAAGGAAUAGAGUAGAUUAAAAGGAUUGUCUUCAAAAUGACAAAUUUUGUGUGGAAUAGCGAAAACAUGGAGCCAACAUGCUCAACCACCGACGAAAGCACGCCACUUUUGUCAGCUAGUGGUCAAGCCAUGCCCACUGAGAAGAUUAGUAUAUCGCAGCAAACUUUGGUCUCCACUAAUGUCCAAUUUGGUCAAGCGAAGAAGUUGCCACAAUAUCUGGCAGGCAUAGCAGCAACGCUCGGUGCUCUUGCUGCUGGUAUGGUACUCGGUUGGACAUCGCCAGCUGGCAAAGAUGGCAUAAAUCUGGAAAAGGACUAUGAUAUUUCUCUUACCCCAGCUGAAUUCUCUUGGAUAGGAUCACUCGCCACGCUUGGAGCGGGUGCAAUAUGCAUUCCCAUUGGUAUAUUAGCGGAUAUGAUUGGGAGAAAGACUGCCAUGUUGAUCAUGGUAGUUCCUUUCAUUGCUGGUUGGCUACUUAUCAUCUUGUCGGAAUCACUACUCAUGUUCUAUUUUGGUAGAUUUAUUACAGGCGUUAGUGGUGGAGCUUUUUGUGUAGCUGCUCCUCUAUAUACGGCAGAGAUAUCUGAGAGUGAAAUUCGCGGUACUCUCGGCUCGUACUUCCAAUUGAUGCUGACCAUAGGUAUCUUGGCUUCAUAUGUUCUCGGGGCACUUAUUGAAAAUAUGAAGACAUUGUCGAUUAUUUCCGCGGUAAUGCCGAUAAUAUUUUUCGUCGUGUUCUUCUUCAUGCCAGAGACUCCAGUAUACUACUUGAAGAAGGGCAAUGAAGUAGCCGCCAGGAAAAGUUUGGUUAAACUUCGUGGCAAUCAGUAUAACGUCGAUGCCGAGUUGCAAGCGCAUCGUGAAUCGCUUGAGGAAACCAAGCAUAGAGGCGCAUCGUUUGCAGUCUCCAUCAAAUCCCGAGCCACUAUGAAAGGCUUUAUAAUUGCUUAUGGAUUGAUGCUCUUCCAGCAAAUGAGCGGCGUAAAUUCCAUCAUCUUUUAUUCUUCAGAUAUCUUCGAAAGAGCCGGAACCUCUAUAGCGCCCAAUAUGGCCACCAUCAUUGUAGGAGCGGUGCAAGUGGUAUCAGUGUUUCUUAGUACUCUCGUCGUCGAUAAAUUAGGCAGGAGAAUCUUGCUGCUCUCAUCAAUUGCAGUUAUGCUUCUGAUGACCUUGCUUCUCGGAAUUUACUUUUACUGUAUUGAUAACACUACCGCCUUUGAUAAUAUCAAGUGGUUCGCACUUAUCCCACUCUGCGUAUUUCUCAUACUGUUUUCCUUCGGCUUUGGACCGAUCCCAUGGAUGAUGAUGCCGGAGAUUUUUGCACCGGAAGUAAAGGGAGUCGCCGGGAGCAGUGCCUGCCUAUUCAACUGGCUCAUGGCUUUUAUUGUCACCAAGUUUUACUCUGACAUGAUCGCCGCUGUGAAACCUUAUGGUACCUUUUGGAUAUUUUCUUUAUUCAGCGCUGUUGGCAUUGUAUUCGUUUAUUUCUUGGUUCCGGAAACUAAGGGCAAGACAUUGGAUCAGAUACAAAGAGAGUUGAAUCGUUGAUCAGGAAUUAAUCAAGAAUUAACUAGAGAUUCUCUUUUGACAAAGCGAAGAACAUAAAUUGUACAUAUUGAAGUGCAUUUUGUAGUUGUACAUAUAAUAAGUUACAGCAUUUAUAUAAAUAAGGCAACACAUUUUAUAACUUGAAUAUUUUAUAUCAAGUCCAUAUCACCAUACUAGAAUGUGUUUUUGUGAUCGCAAUGCUAUUCAACAUUGUCAUUUUAUUAUACUAUAAUACUACCUUAAUUCUCAUAUGGAGAAUAUCAUUUAUUAAUUGGGACUCAAAAAGCAAAUUUUAUUUUAAUAGGAAAUAGUACUUGAACAAAAAAUAUAUAUUUCCUUUCUUCUGGAAUUAUAUUAAACGAUGAUAUCACGUCCUGAAGGCAGCAUUUAGAAUGAUAGAUUUUUAUUUAACAUUUAUAUUAAUUUAUUAUUCUACAAUUUAAAAAAAUGUCAUUUAAUACAGCUUGUGAAUGUCAUUAGUCGAUCCAUCCUUUGAGGAUGGAUUAAGAAAAUCUAAUGUAUGAUAUUGUAGCGAGUUUAUUUUAUAAGACUGAUUCUCCUUUGGUAAAUUUGUAUGAAGUUUCUAUUAACUACAUUAUAAUGAUUACUAUUUAAGUUAGCGUUAUAUGUACAUACAUAUGUCUAAUAUUUAUUUGCCCUGCAAAUAAAUUAGUGUUGAUCAUAUAUAAUACAAAAAGUUAUACCUUCAAAUAUAAAUGAUAUCAAAUAUAAAUGA